CCUUCGAAAAGAAAAAAAAACCAUAUUUUAAAAAGUCUUCUACCUAUUCCCCCAUUUUCUCUCCCCUAUAAGUCUAUCUCGGAGAUUGUUUUGCGCCAUUAUUUUCUAACGAUUUCCCUCUCCCUCUCCCUCUCCCUCUCCCUCUCUUUCUGUUCAGUUCCGGAGGUAAUCAUGGCGAGCAUGACCUGUUCCGCCGACCAACUCGCCCCUCUCUUCGGAGCAAACACCACCAACGCCACGGCCGCCGCCUCUUACAUCUGCGACCAGUUCGCCGCCGUGUCCACCAACUUCACCAACACCGGCUACGCCGUCGACACCACCUACCUCCUCUUCUCCGCCUACCUCGUCUUCUCCAUGCAACUCGGCUUCGCCAUGCUCUGCGCCGGCUCCGUCCGAGCCAAGAACACCAUGAACAUCAUGCUCACCAACGUACUCGACGCCGCCACCGGCGGCCUCUUCUACUACCUUUUUGGCUUCGCCUUCGCCUUCGGCACCCCCUCCAACGGCUUCAUCGGCCGCCAUAACUUCGCCCUCAAGUCCUUCCCCUCCUCCAACUUCGACUACAGCUACUUCCUCUACCAGUGGGCCUUCGCCAUUGCCGCCGCCGGCAUCACCAGCGGCUCUAUCGCCGAGCGCACUCAGUUCGUCGCUUACCUCAUCUACUCCUCCUUCCUCACCGGCUUCGUCUACCCCGUCGCCUCCCACUGGAUCUGGUCCGUCGACGGCUGGGCCAGCGCCAGCAACUUGGGCAAUCUGUUAUUCGGGUCCGGAGUCAUCGACUUUGCUGGGUCGGGCGUGGUUCACUUGGUCGGCGGCAUCGCCGGCCUCUGGGGCGCUUUCAUCGAAGGCCCCAGAAUCGGCCGGUUCGAUCACACCGGCCGGUCCGUUGCCCUCCGCGGCCACAGCGCCUCGCUGGUGGUCCUCGGCACCUUCAUGCUCUGGUUCGGGUGGUACGGGUUCAACCCGGGUUCGUUUGUCAAGAUCAUGGUUCCGUACGACACCACGGGCGGGUAUUACGGCCAGUGGAGCGCGAUCGGCAGGACCGCCGUGACAACCACCCUCGCCGGCUGCACCGCGGCCCUGACCACGCUCUUCGGAAAACGGUUUCUCUCCGGCCACUGGAACGUCACCGACGUCUGCAACGGUUUGCUCGGCGGGUUCGCGGCGAUCACAGCCGGGUGCUCGGUGGUGGAGCCGUGGGCGGCCAUUAUCUGCGGGUUUGUGGCCGCGGUGGUCCUCAUCGCCUGCAACAAAAUCGCGGAAAAAGUAAAAUACGACGACCCAUUGGAGGCUGCGCAACUCCACGGAGGGUGCGGCGCGUGGGGGAUCAUAUUCACGGCGCUGUUCGCGAAGGAGGAGUUCGUGAACCAAGUGUACCCGGGAAAACCGGGUCGGCCAUACGGGUUGUUCAUGGGAGGCGGGGGAAGACUAUUGGGUGCUCACAUAAUCCAGAUCCUGGUGAUAAUCGGGUGGGUGAGCGCCACAAUGGGUCCAUUGUUCUUCGUACUCCACAAACUGAAGCUUCUGAGGAUAUCGCCGGAAGAUGAAACGGCGGGUAUGGACUUGACCCGGCACGGAGGAUUCGCUUAUGCUUAUCAAGAUGAAGACGUUGAUGAUCCGCAAAAGGGAAUGAAGAUGAGGAGGAUAGAGCCCGCAGGUUCACUCUCAAGCUAAAUUCCAUUUAAAAAAAAAGUGAUUUUGGGGUUUUAAUUUUUAAGUAAUUGUUAUUAUUAUAUUCUUGGGAGUGUCUGUAAGAUAAUUUUUGUCUUGAAGUGUUGGAGUGGUUGUUGAUACUGAUUGGACUUCUUUUAAAAAAAAAAUAAAAAAUUUCCUCGAGAGUUUGUGCGGUCAA